AGAGAGCGUGUGUACGAGCGGUGUGUGUGCGCAUUGGGAAGCGAGAGGCAGCUGCGUGAACGCGUGUGUGUGUUGGGAUCAGGAAAAAAGAGGAAGCCAGUCCGUGUAAACGCUUUCCUUUUACCUUAACACCCCGCGGAACAGGCACUUUUUCACGCGGACGCUAACCUCGAUAGCCGCGGCCAAAAGGGAAUACGGAACCGCUUCGAGGAGGACUACACGAACUCACGCGCUGUGUUACGAUACGAAGAGUCUAUCAGUAAAGUGAAACCGCCUUUUGUGUUGAAGCAAGUGCUCGCCUCUGGUCCGUGCAGGCAGCGAUUUGAAAAAAAAAAAAAAAAAAAAAGCGAAGGGAUAAGAUUGUUGCUUGUUUAAUGUUUUGACGCACGCUGUUGGAUUGGGUUCUAUUUGGAAGUUUGCGGGUCAACUCGGGCAAACGGGAUUUUUCAACUUGUUUGCAGCGGUCUCUGGGACUCCCAAGAAUCACCAGACUGGCGGCUCUUCUGAAACACUGGGGUUGUUGGUGUGGCCAAAUUUUCCCUGGAUUUGACUGGUAAAUUCAGAAGACUGAAGCCCAGGCUCACAGUCUACCUUUCACGGAGGCCCAGCCGUGAGAGGACUGAGGAAGGCACGUGGCGGAUCAUGACGGCCGAUAAAGACAAGGAGCGGGAGAAAGAACGGGACAGAGAUCGCGACCGGGACAAGCGCGAGGGGGGCAAGUCCCGCAGGCAGGACCCCGACCGGGACGGGGAGAGCACCCGGCCUCGGCGCAGCUGCACUCUGGAGGGAGGUGCCAAGAACUAUGCAGAGAGCGAACAUAGUGAGGACGACGAUAACGAUAACGGCAGUACGGGUGGAGGCAGCGGGACAGCCGAGGAGGCCGGAAAGAAAGGCAAGAAGAAAACGCCUAAGAAGAAGUCUCGCUACGAGCGCACGGAGAACGGAGAGAUUACCUCCUUCAUCACAGAAGAUGACAUUGUUUACAGACCUGGAGAUUGUGUAUACAUCGAGAGUCGACGGCCCAACACUCCUUACUUCAUUUGUAGCAUACAGGAUUUUAAAUUGAGUAAACGGGACCAUCUGCUGAUGAAUGUGAAAUGGUACUACCGCCAGUCAGAGGUGCCCGACUCGGUCUACCAACACCUGGUCCAGGACAGGAACAAUGAAAACGAUUCGGGUCGAGAGCUGGUGAUCACAGACCCAGUUGUGAGGAGUCGAGAGCUCUUUAUUUCAGACUAUGUGGACACUUACCAUGCUGCUGCUCUUAGGGGGAAGUGCAACAUUUCUCAUUUCUCCGACAUAUUUGCUGCAAGGGAGUUCAGAGCCCGGAUUGACUCCUUCUUCUACAUCCUCGGAUACAACCCAGAGACCAGGCGUCUGAACAGCACACAAGGGGAGAUCCGAGUGGGCCCCAGCCACCAAGCCAAACUCCCCGAGCUGCAGCCCUUCCCCUCCCCGUGUGGCCAGGCUGUGACCGAGAAUGAGGAGCUGGUGUGGAUGCCCGGGGUCAACGACUGUGACCUUCUCAUGUACCUCAGAGCCGCAAGGAGCAUGGCUGCCUUUGCUGGAAUGUGUGACGGAGGCUCAACAGAAGAUGGGUGCCUUGCAGCCUCCCGAGACGACACUACACUCAACGCACUUAACACUCUUCAUGAGAGCAGCUAUGAUGCAGGGAAAGCUCUCCAGCGCCUUGUGAAGAAGCCAGUCCCCAAACUAAUAGAAAAAUGCUGGUCUGAAGAUGAAGUGGUAAGUGCUGUGUUUUCUAUAGUCUCCUUUGUUUGUGUCAUCUCUUGUGUUGUGCCUUUAGAGGGCGCUAUUGAGUUUGGACUCUCCACCCACCUGCAAAGGGCAAGCCACCCUUUUCUGACUUACUGCCGACAAUGCGAACAUAGCUUCUGCUCCGGCCUUACAGGGACCAGACAACCUUUAGCGAAGGGCCCUGGACCCCAUACUCUCAGAGCACCCCCCCACUGGACACCACGAGAGACAUGGUCGAAUGCCUUCACAUGUGGAGUGGUUGGGCAAACUCCCAUGAACUCUCAAUCACCUGAUGGAGAGUGCAGAGCUGGUUCAGUGUUCCACGACCGGAACAAAACCACACUGCUUCUCCUGAAGCCGAGAUUCAAUUAUCAGUCAGUUUCUCCUCUCCAGUACCCUGAAACAGACCUUAACGGGGAGGCUGAGGAGUGUCAUUUCCCUGUAGUUGGAACACACAAUCCAGUCCCCCUCCUUAAACAGAGGGACCACUACCCCGGUCUGCCAGUCCAGAGGUACUGUCGCCAUCCCCACAUGAUGUUGCAGAGGUGUGUCAGCCAAGAUAGCCCAACAACAUCCAUAGACUUAAGAUACUCAGGACAGAUCUCAUUCAUCCCCAAAGCCUUGCCAUCAUAG